CGACCAUUACCUAACGUUGCUAUAACAACAAGGACUCACUCCACACAAAGAUGCCUAUUCUAAAGCAACCCAAGAAACGAGAGCCUCUGUGGCGAGAGUGGGAUAUCAAAGCUCAGAAGGAAGGCAUCAGAGCGCCCGUAUAUUCCGUGUCAGGUGAUGUGUAUACUGGAGAAUGGAGGAACAAUAAGAAAGAAGGCAAGGGGACUCAGAUGUGGAAGAAGAGGGGAUGCAUUUACGAUGGUGACUGGAAGGAGGACCUGAGACACGGCUUUGGAACGUACAGUGUGAAGAGGGGAGACGGCUAUAUGAAGAAAUAUGCAGGGGGUUGGAAGAACGACAUGCGACAUGGUUAUGGUACCAACUUCUACUCAGAGGACGAGUAUUACGAGGGAGAAUGGUAUGCAGGCAAACGUAGUGGGUGGGGACGAAUGUACUAUGCUGAUGGUUCGUUAUACGAAGGUGAAUGGUACAAUGACCAGAAGAAUGGACGAGGGCUCAUAAAACUGUCCAAUAGCAAUCGUUAUGAGGGAAUGUGGAGGGACGAUAUGAAGAAUGGUGAUGGGAAGUUCUUGUAUCUGGACAAGGGGCAGGUGUACACUGGGACCUGGGUGGAUGAUAUUGCAAAGUGUGGCUGUGUGGAGGACUUUGGGAGGGAGGGUGCUCCUGACCCUCCGGUCUACCCUAUCCCUGAGUGCUCGCUACAGUACCCUCGUUCAGUGAUUCAAGAAGCCAGAGACUCACUACAACAAUAGAGAGAGACUCAGUCAAUAUUAUUUUUUAUCCCAUCUUGUCCCAAUUAAAAUGUUUUAUCAAUGA